AUGUUCGGGGCUGUCGGGGGGCUGGCCUGGGGCUGGGUGGGGGCGUCCCCCAGGGUCUGGGGGCUGCCUCCCCCUGGCCCGGGAGACCCUGCCUGGGCCUCGUGGGGCUUGGUCGCCCUGGCAGAAAGGAUCCAUCAGCAGAAACAACUCAGAAAGCAGCUGCUAAGAGAGCUAUGUGAUGCAGACAAAGAGGUGUUUACUGAGGGAAGAAACAGUUUGGAAGAACUGAGUGACACAGAGUUGGAGAACCUCAUUGUGGACGACACUCACGGCAUCGUCUACUGUUACAUUCCCAAGGUGGCAUGUACCAACUGGAAGAGGGUUUUGCUUGUCUUGAACCAGAACGAGCCAUAUCCUGACCCAGAGUCGAUUGAUCCUGACUCAGUCCAUUUCAUGAACAACUUCACUCUCCUGAACUCCUUCCCAAUGACAGAGAUGAAGGCGAGGUUGAAGCACUACACAAAAUUCCUGUUUGUUCGAGACCCUUUUGUUCGUCUCAUAUCUGCCUACCGAGACAAGUUCCAGCAUCACAAUGAGUAUUUUUAUAUAAACUUCGGCAGAUACAUUCUGCAACUUUAUGGCAACCUCUCCAAUCCACCACGAACAGCAGAUGAAGCGUUUGCAUUAAGUGUGCGUCCCUCAUUUUACAACUUUAUUCAGUACCUACUCGACCCAAAGACAGAGAAGAUGGAGCCCUUUGAGCCCCACUGGAGGCAGAUGUAUCGAUUGUGUCACCCCUGCUUUAUAGAGUAUGACUUUGUUGGACAUCAGGAGACACUUCAGGAAGAUGCUCAAGAGUUGUUGAAGAUGUUAAAACUGGAGGACGAAAUUAAGUUCCCUCCAUCCUAUGACAAUAUGACAACUCACAGUUUUAUUAAAGAAUGGUUCAGAGUGGUGCCCCCGGAGGACAGGAGGAAGCUGUACAAGCUCUAUGAAGGGGACUUCAUGCUUUUUGGAUACAGAAGACCAAGUGUGUUGCUUGAUGACUGAGAUGAGGACAUGAUUUAGUUAAUUGGGCUGGUGUGAGUUUCACUAAUUUCCUUAACCGGUUAAC